AUGAUUGUCAACUCUGGUAUAAAACAAACUAAAGGCCUAGUAAAGUAUAUCUAUAUCGAUUUAGGCACUGGAGGUCUUCGCAUGGCCUGUAGUAUCGAAGGCAGCGAAGAUUGCAGAGAAAUCGGAAACUAUCCUGGAGCGCAAGCAGAUACUCCAUCUCUUGUUUCUCAAGCGCCAACAAACAUUAUAUACGAACCAAAUGGCGAUGAACCAGCCAAACCCGUGGCAUUUGGUUACAUUAAACCACACCGUCGUCAAAAACUUGUAUCUGGAGUGAAGAAUGCCCUUCUACCAGAUCCCGAAAGCUAUGGUUAUGCCUAUGCUGCUCUGAUUGAUGUAGCGGAUGAUCUCCACCUGAGAUCUGUGCAGCAGAUCCCAGAAGAAUUCUUGAGGUUCGCCAUCGAGCAUGCGAUCAAGGAAUGCGGUGGGCAGCAGCCUACAAAAGGCUGGGUAUUUUCAGUGCCUCAGUAUUACAAGAUUGAGGAAGUGCAGAACUUUCGAGCAUUGAUUCAAAGAGCAGGUUGUUUUGGUAAUAUAUAUAUCCAUGGUGAAAGCGAUUGUGUUGCUUAUGCAAAUCUAUCAACAAUCGAGGAUAUUGUUAGCGGUACUAAAGAGAGUUUCUUUAAGAAAAAGCAGAACUAUACCAUCGCAGUUGGGAUUUUUGAUCUUGGAGCUGGUACAACUGAUAUAACCACCUUGGAGAUCUGCUUCAAACAUGGAGGACCACCUGCGAUCAACGAAUUGAGUGCCCCUUUAGGCUUUGCGAUUGGAGGGGAUUCAUUUGAUGAACGAUUCAUUGAUCUCUUGCGUGCCAAACUCGAUAUCAAUAUGACUCUAGAUAAAGAGCAGGCCUUCUUUAACCCGUUUGUGAAUCAUUUCCAUCUACAAUCAAAGCCACAAUGGACAACAGAUUUUGAGGAUGAAGAAUAUCCAUUCAGUGUACCGUAUGGAAAAGAUCAAUUUGUAUUAACAAAGGAGGAUAUGACUUGUAUUAUGGAACCACCGAUUGAUGAAACUUGCCGACGCAUCGGCGAGCAUCUUGCUCAAAUAAUUAGACCUUUGGACCUUGUCGUAAUCUCGGGAGGGAAUUCCGAGGUGCCUGGUAUGGUAAAUACCUUGUGCGCUAUGCUUAAAGGAAAGAAUAUCAUCGACGAUGAUCAAAAAGUAAUUCAUUUGGUGGGACAGUCAUUGAACGCGGUAGUUCACGGUCUGCAUUACUGGAUCAAUCAUCCUCAACUAGUCAGAGGUCGAUAUGCUCGCAUGACUCUGGCUCGAGUGAUCAAACAUCAUCGUACAGAGCUUAACCGCCAUAUCAAAGUGCCUGCUGAGGAUGCAAAAUUACCCAAAUUGUAUAAUUGUGCUGAAAGGAUCAUGACUGAGGGAAUCCUUGUUCCAGAUGGCAUUCAGACUGUUGAUAUCUACUUUGAUAUUGAUAUAAAUGCCAAAAAUUUGGACCUACUUCCUAUCGAUAUAUGCAUUCCAAAUAAAGAUGCCGAAACUUACACUUCUAAAACCUGUCUCUGGAAUUUUGCAUCCGAGUGUAGGACUAUAGGUGCUCUUCAUCUAGAAUCAACAAUAACGAAUAUCGAUAUUGGUGCACUUAAAAAAGUUGCUAGAAAAAGGUUGCGUCGACUCUGGCUUCGUUUAAGUAUCGGAGUUGAUAUUGAUAUCAACGUUGUAGUAUCCUGGAGACCCGACGGACGCAAGCUUAAAGAAGACACGGAGUUCUGUUCAACCAAAUUAACUUUGGAAAGUGUGAAUCUAUCUGGCCAAAGAUUAGUGGAUGAGUUUCGCGCUCCAAUACAGCAACGAGAGAGCUCUAAUUCAAACAUUACCAACGAUACCUUGCCGAAUUAUCUUCAAACGUUAAAGGCUGUCGGUGGAAUGAAGACUCAUUCGAAGAAUUUAUUUUCAACAAGCAUUCUUCCUCAUUUAGAUUUCUAUCAUUCUGAACAUGGUGUACACUUUGCUGCUUGGCUACGUGACGAUUCGGGUAAAAUCGGCAAUCAAGAAUCAAUUACACAAGCGGUUCCAUAUUGUCCCGAGAAUCUUAAUCGCAAAAGAGCUUUCUCUGAAACAGAAAUAGGAUAUGAGUAUCCAAUAUCAUCACAAUCAUAUACUACUCCUUACCAAAGUCCUUACAAUAAUUCAUUAGCAAUAAAUCCUUCGUUUCAUUUACCUUCGAUCUCGCAUCAGAGUAUACUGUCAUCAUCUACAGCCACAACACUUGCACCGUCAUCUUCGAGCAAUCCUCUAUAUCAUCGUCACCAAAUAUCAUCAUAUCCACCCCAAUCAUCAUACCCACCUCAAUCAUCUGAUAUUUACGAUGAAAAUACAUUGGUUAAUCCACGGGAUCUUUCAUUUAACCACAAUCCUACUAACUGA